CGAGCGAGAGAGAAAGAGAGGUGGAGAAGGAAGUAAGAUGGAGUUCGUCCCACUCAAAGAUGAGGCACCAAAAUUGGAACCCCCCAUCGCUGCGGGCAACACCAAAUUAGAACCCAUGAUUGUUAAACGGAAAGACACCAACGAGAUCGAGGUCAUGAUAAGCAAAGAAACCAAUCUGUCUGUCACCUCCCACUGCUGCCCCGAAUGUGGGCGGGCCUUCACUCACUCCGGGCACCUCAAAACACACCAGCGCACUCACACUGGAGACAAACCCUAUCAGUGCAGCGAAUGUGGGAAGAUUUUCACCCAGCUGGGCAACCUCAAAGAACACUGGAGAAUUCACACCGGUGAAACCCCCUACGAGUGUCCAGACUGUGAGAAGAGCUUCACUCACUCCAGGAGCCUGAGAACCCACCGGCGCACUCACACCGGAGAGAAACCGUACCCAUGCAGCGAUUGUGAGAAGAGUUUCAGACAACUGGAGCACCUCCGGAAUCACCGGCGCAUCCACACCGGAGAGAAACCGUUCCGCUGCUCGGACUGCGGGAAGAGCUUCAGCCAGCUGGAGAAUCUGAAGACGCAUCAGCGCACUCACACAGGAGAGAAGCCGUUUCAGUGCAGCGAUUGCAGGAAGAGCUUCAGUCAGCUAGAGAAUCUGAAGACGCAUCAGCGCACUCACACAGGAGAGAAACAGUUUCAGUGUGAGCAGUGCGGAAAGAGUUUCACACGAGCCGGGACCCUGACCAAGCACCGGAGACUGCACACAGGAGAGAAGCCGUAUCGCGGAGAGAAACUGUAUCACUGCUCUGACUGUAGUAAGAGUUUCACUCAGUCAGCAAAUCUUGUAAUACACCAGCGAAUUCACACAGGAGAGAGGCCGUAUCGCUGCUCUAACUGUGGGAAGAGUUUCAAGGCAUCAGGGCACCUUUUGGCACACCAGCAAGUUCACAAAGGAGAGAAACCACAUUGCUGCUCUGACUGUGGAAAGAGUUUUAGUCGCUCAGGAGACCUUGUAAUACACCAGCGAAUUCACACAGGAAAUAAACCCUAUCGCUGCUCUGACUGUGGAAAGAGUUUCAUAUCAUCAGGACACCAUACAACACACCAGCGAAUUCACACAGGAGAGAAACCACAUUGCUGCUCUGACUGUGGAAAGAGUUUUAGUCACUCAGGUGACCUUGUGAUACACCAGCGAAUUCACACAGGAGAGAAACCUUAUCGUUGUUCUCACUGUGGGAAGAGCUUCAGUCGGUCAAGAAAUUUUGAAUCACAUAAGCGAACACACAAAGGAGAGAAACCAUAUCACUGUUCUGACUGUGGGAAGAGUUUCAGGGAUUCAGCAGACCUUGCAAAACACCAGAGAAUUCAUACAGGAGUAAAGCCGUAUCACUGCUCCGACUGUGGUAAAAGUUUCAGUCAAUCAGGACAACUUGGAAAACACCAGCGAAUUCACACAGGAGAGAGGCCGUAUCGCUGCUCUAACUGUGGGAAGAGUUUCAAGGCAUCAGGGCACCUUUUGGCACACCAGCGAGUUCACAAAGGAGAGAAACCACAUUGCUGCUCUGACUGUGGAAAGAGUUUUAGUCACUCAGGAGACCUUGUGAUACACCAGCGAAUUCACACAGGAAAUAAACCCUAUAGCUGCUCUGACUGUGGAAAGAGUUUCAUAUCAUCAGGACACCGUACAACACACCAGCGAAUUCACACAGGAGAGAAACCACAUUGCUGCUCUGACUGUGGAAAGAGUUUUAGUCACUCAGGUGACCUUGUGAUACACCAGCGAAUUCACACAGGAGAGAAACCUUAUCGUUGUUCUCACUGUGGGAAGAGCUUCAGUCGGUCAGGAAAUUUUGAAUCGCAUAAGCGAACUCACAAAGGAGAGAAACCAUAUCACUGUUCUGACUGUGGGAAGAGUUUCAGUCGGUCAGAACACCUAUUACUACAUCAGCGAAUACACACUGGAGAGAAACCAUAUUGCUGCACUGACUGUGGGAAGAGUUUCAGUCGAUCAGGACAACUUGUAAUACACCAGCGAAUUCAUACAGGAGAGAAACCUUAUUACUGCUCUGACUGUGGGAAGUGUUUCAGGGAUUCAGCAGACCUUGUAAAACACCAGAGAAUUCACACAGGAGUAAAGCCGUAUCACUGCUCCGACUGUGGUAAAAGUUUCAGUCAAUCAGGACAACUUGGAAAACAUCAGCGGGUUCACACAGGAGAGAAACAGUUUCAUUGCUCUGACUGUGGGAAGAGUUUCAGUUCGUUAGCAAACCUUGUUUCACACCAGCGAAUUCACUCGGGAGAGAAACCGUAUCACUGUUCUAACUGUGGGAAAAGUUUCCGUCACUCAGCAUCCUUUGCUGUACACCAGCGAAUUCACACAGGAGAGAAACCGUAUCGCUGCUCUCACUGUGGGAAGAGUUUCGGUCACUCAGCAUCCUUUGCUGUACACCAACGUAUUCACACAGGAGAGAAACCGUAUCGUUGCUCUGACUGUGGGAAGAGUUUCAGACGGUCGGGACACCUUGUUUCACACCGGCAAAUUCACACGGGAGAGAAAAAAAAAAAAAUGUAAAUAGUGUUCCUGCAUAAAAGUAACUUUUAACCAUUUUGCUCCGCUUCCUGACAUUUCAGCACAGCAGUGUUCUGCUGAAUAGUGUGGAUGCCCGAGCUGAGGAGACAGUCAGACAUGCUCCCAGAAAAAUUCAAAUUAAGAAUUACUAGUGCAACGACCUCGCCCUUAGCACAAAGCCAAUCACUAUGGAGCGAUUACCUCCCUAUAUUAAAUAUAUCCCAUGACAAAAACAUUGUCAAUGUAAAAAAACAAGUUAGAAAAACAGCCAUUUAAAGGUGAUGUCAAACACAAAAAUCCAAGUUAGGAGACGCAAUUAGGCCAAUAUUGUCAAGCAUCAAACAAAUAGGCACAAUUGGAAAGGUGCUGGGGCCCAAGAUUCACACAGUUCUUGCUUCACACUUGGCGCCUUCAUUUGAUUGCUUCGCUCCACUUUGUCGCACCACUUGAAAUGCUCUUUGCAUCUUGAAGUGACUGAGACACACACAUUGUAAUAGAAACAAGAGACUUUCUGAUUGGAUCAGAAUCUUUUUUUUUUUUUCUUUUUUUUAAUUAUAGAGCUAUUUAAAAAAAAUUAUAUGUCCAAACUACAAAGUAAAAUGCACAAUGCAAAUUUAGGACACUGAAUGUAAAUGCUCUUAUUUGAAUGGUCCAAAAAUGCUGAAUCUACUGCUAUGCGCUAAAGCUGUAUAAUAGAGCAGCUCUCCUUGUAAACCUUUUAAAGUAGAAAACAAACUGCUGUUAUUUUGUGUAGAAUGGCACAAGGCAGCUGUAAUAGAGGAAAUGCGAGUGUGCUUUUAGACAGUGUGUUGCUGCUAGUCCCACCCUGUGCAAAUUCCAAGAGUAAAACCAGGUAACGCAACAAGCAGGGCACAAGCUAAGCAAUGAGCUGUAUUUGAUUAGGAGAAUAAAAGCUGUUUAAUUUGACUAUCUCCGUCAGUCUGGAUUCUUAUUAUAGAAAUCAAAUUUAAGACAACAAUAUACAGAAGUGUCAUGGGUGGAAGUUGCAGAUGUUGAGAUGUUAGUCAGUGUUUUCCAGCAUCACUAUCAGCAGCUCCUUCCUUCAGACACAGGCCACACUGGAGUGUUUAGAUGACUGGGUGUGAGGAGCGUUGUGUUAACAAUGGGAAACUGGAAUGUCUGGGGAGCUCACUGCUACUGCCUAUUUCAAUUGUCUUAUUUCUGUGUAUUACAUUAUGGACAGCAGAGGUGCUCCUGACUCCCUCCUGUGGUGCAGUUUAGCAGGACACUGAUGCUGUUUCAGGGUAUAAAAACACAGAGAGGGAUUCAAUUAAACACUAAGUUCACAGUUUAAUAGAAGCAUGGAUUAGUUGUCUUUGUAUCUGUGUUCUAAGCGCUGCACUUGUGUUUCAAUAAGUGUCACAGACAGUUAUAUGAGAUGUAAGCUGUGAACACAGGUGGGACUUGAUAGGGUUGGGUGACUCACAGUACAGUUAGAUUAUCCAUCCUGUAGUUUUAUGUUUAGCCUCUCUGUCCUUUCCUUCACUGUAGGAGGGGCAUUAGAAAUCUGCCUGUUCACAAUGAACUGGCCCAUAAGUGUUGAGACUAGAAGACCAGGUGGGUAAAAAGGAUGAAACAGGAGGUGAGACAAUGAAGAAUAAACUGCCUUUAAUAACACUGAUGUGCUGCUCCUUCAGAAAAAAAAAAAAAAAGAAUUCAUUCAGGACCUUAUGAACUCCUCAUUUAAAUAGUUUGAUGUAAAUUGAGAUUAACUCCUUUUAUUACAUCCGUUAUAGCCUGAUGUAAAUUAAUAUAGUAUUAAAUAUGUUUUUCAGUAUGUAAGAAUAAAGUGUAAAAUGCUAUUUAAAAUAAGAUAUGGUUUGUUCACUACAAUUAACAGUACCUCCUUUGUGUCUCUUACCCCUUUGGACUUUUCCACAUUUUAUUGUGUUACA